AUGGAUGAUGGAAAUUACGGUUGUAGUUGUGAUGAUAAUUGCGAAGGACCUCAGAGAAAGUUUUGGGGAAAACUUAGGGAGUGUUGGGGUGGAAAUUAUGGUUGUAGUUGUGAAGAUAUUGUGAAGGUCCCAAAGAGAAAAGUAUUUUUGCAAUUAAGUGUUGAUAUUGUAGAAGGGUCAAGGAUAUAUUAG